CAAUCUGCCAGGCACCGGCACCGGCCGGUCCCCGUCAACUUCACAGGUGUCCACCAGGGUCCUAACGGUCAAACACAUAACCAGGCCGACCACGAGCGACGGGACACGGUCUGGUAAUGGCGUUAGCCCAUCCCCACCAAGCAGUACGGAUCCAAAACGAUCGACGCACGUCGACCCCGUGCUUUGCACAUCUUUGUUUUCGAGUGGAGCUAGUGGCCAGCCAGUAACAUAGGAGAUGCCGACAUUCCAGGAUCGAUGCUUGGGGAACGCCGGGACAGUCUCUGCCAGCGGCUUCCUAUUCAACUAACGAGCCACACGCGUUCUCGCCAGUCUCGCAGUGUCCACUCUGCCUGCGAGGGAUGGCGUCCUACUCCCCUCUCAGGCCUUUGCCGGAAGAAGGAAGGCGGGAGAUCGAGGAGACGGCCGGCCCUGCCUCCGCGCCGGCCACAUCCCCUUCCUCCGCCGCUCGAGAACGCCUCGCGUCGCUCGACGUCUUCCGUGGCCUCACCGUUGCUCUUAUGAUAUUUGUUGAUGAUGCUGGUGCGGUACUCCCAUCUAUUGCUCAUUCUCCAUGGAAUGGUGUACGAUUGGCAGAUUUUGUGAUGCCUUUCUUCCUCUUCAUAGUUGGUGUUUCUCUUGCGCUUGUCUAUAAGAGAAUAUCCAAUCCACACAUUGCAACCUGUAAGGCAACUUUGAGAUCAGCAAAGCUCUUCUUUAUUGGCAUCUUUCUCCAAGGUGGUUAUUUCCAUGGAGUAAAUAAUUUGACAUUUGGUGUUGAUAUUGAGAAGAUUCGUUGGCUAGGUAUUCUUCAGAGGAUAGCUGUAGCCUACUUCUUUACAGCUUUAUGUGAGAUUUGGUUCACGCGUAAAUCUUUGGUUGAUAUGAAAUAUGGACCGUUUGGGAGGUACUACAUUCAAUGGGUAUUUGCAGUUUUUCUGUCUGUCACAUACUUGGGACUUCUGUAUGGUUUGUAUGUUCCGGAUUGGCAGUUCGAGGUUCAACAGUUGGAGUCUUCUACACUUUUCUCAGGCAACACUAAUGAAGCUUAUAAGGUCAACUGUUCUGUUAGAGGCGACCUUGGACCAGCUUGCAAUGCUGCUGGAUUCAUUGAUCGCUAUAUCGUGGGUAUCCAACAUCUAUACAAAAAACCUGUAUACAGAAAUUUGGAGGAGUGCAUAAGUCAUAAGGCUCAAGAAAGUCCACCUGUAUGGUGCCAUGCACCAUUUGAUCCAGAAGGCAUCUUGAGCUCCUUAAUGGCUAUUGUGACGUGCAUUACCGGGCUUCAUUUUGGUCACACUCUUAUACAACUUGAGGACCACUGGGAUAGGAUAAAUCACUGGUUGUUACUCUCGUGUUCAUUACUUGCCUUUGCAUCAUUGUUUGUCUUUAUUGGCAUUCCUUUGAACAAAUCUUUGUAUACAACUAGUUACACAUUGCUUACUUCUGGAUCUGCUGGUCUGGUGUUUGGUGGUAUUUAUUUAUUGGUGGAUGUAUAUGGUUGUAGGCAUCCAACAAUUGUGCUGGAGUGGAUGGGAAGGCAUUCUCUCAGCAUUUAUGUGCUGGUCGCAUCUAACCUAUUAUUUAUUGCAAUUCAAGGCGUUUAUUGGGCUUACCCUGAAAAUAACAUAAUUAAUUGGAUCAUUUCCCUCGUACACAAGUGAUGUUCGGAGGCUGUGGUGUCCUGCCGGCUUUUAUUAUCUUUAUAUUUGUUCAUUUGAGCUGCAUUUUUUUCUCAAUUUUUAUUUUUCAGAUCCUCAUUGUACAGAGACUUAUGACGUGUGUAUUAAUCUGUAAAACUAAAGAUAUUAAUCCAUGGAGACAUAUAUCCAGAGGGGCCUUACUCUUA